AGCCCACAGGUUCGUGUUGCUGCUGUUCUUCUAUGCAGAGACGGAAAACACAUAGACCACAAUCCAACGCGACAACGUUCCAGCCAAUGGGAGGAGCGGCUGGUCGUUCGGCCAAUCAGAGAGCGGCGGGAGCUUUCAAACUGCAGACCGGAAGCAGCAGCUCUUAGCAGCGGACAGUUUGAGACCUACGGAACCGACUUUUACUCGUUUUUAACGUUUUUACAGCUUGACGUUAAACAGGUGGGAUUUAUUAAGUUUUAUUCGCCGAGAAGACAAAGACAGAUUCUCCUGCUAAAGGUCGGAGACACGGGGACAACAUGGCGGAUUCAUCCGGACGCUAUGAGCGUCUGACAGCAGAGCAGAUGGAUGAGCAGAGGAUCCAGAACGUGGCUUAUCAGUACCUCUGCAGGCUGGAGGAGGCCAAGAGGUGGAUGGAGGCGUGUCUGGAGGAGGAGCUUCCUGCUCCCACUGAGCUGGAGGAGGCACUGAGGAACGGAGUUGUUCUCGCUAAACUGGGUCAUCGCUUCGCUCCGAACGCCGUCGCUGUGAAGAAGAUCUACGACCCCGAACAGCUGAGAUACCAGGCGGUGGGUCUGCAGUUCCGUCACACUGACAACAUCAACCACUGGAGGAUCGCCAUGACGACCCUCGGCCUGCCAGCGAUCUUUCAUCCAGAAACUACAGACGUGUACGACAAGAAGAACAUGCCCAGAGCUGUUUACUGUAUCCACGCUCUCAGCCUGUACCUGUACAGACUGGGUCUGGCUCCACAGAUCCACGACCUCUACGGAAAAGUGAAGUUCACAGAGGAGGAGAUCAGCAACAUGAAGUCGGAGCUGGAUAAAUACGGAAUCCAGAUGCCGGCGUUCAACAAGAUCGGAGGGAUUCUGGCCAAUGAGCUGUCGGUGGACGAGGCUGCAGGCCAUGCGGCGGUGAUUGCCAUUAACGAGGCGGUGGACAGAGGUCAGGUGGAGGUCACGGCGGUGGCUCUGAAGAACCCUAACGCCCUGCUCAGUGACCUACAGGAGGCGCUGAUGAGCAUCUACCAGGAGAUGCUGCAGCAGGCCAAAGCAAGGAAACAAGAGAAUGCAGCCAAUAGGCGUGGAGGUCCAGAGGAGAAAGAUAUCUAUGAAGAGUUUCUGACUCAGAGAGAAAUCCAGAACAACAUCAACAUUGUCAACGUGCGAUCAGCGGUGGAGCAGGUGGAUGAAGCUCUGGACUCAGCAGAUGAACUCUGUCUGCUCUCCGCUCUGCAGCUGCCAUGUUUGGCCCUCAGAGGCCUCUGUACUGACAACGGCCCCUGGUACCUGGAGCAGCUGUUAACUGACCGCCAGGAAAAGGCCCUGGACGAGGGCUGUGUCGAUCCUCUGGAGCCUGACGAGCUGCAGGAAGGAGUGAGCGUCUCCAACCAGGAUGCUCAGAGAGCCCGCAGCAUGCAAGCAGCGGUGGAGGGUGUUAAUGCGUCGCUGCGUCUUGGUGACCCCCGCCGCACUGUCAGCGCUCUGAUGACCUCUGACCUCCAGCUUCCUGAAGUGUUUCCAUUCGCUGCCGCUCUUUACCACAGAGAGCUGCAGCUUCUGCAGAGACAGACUGCACAGGGGGAGCUGCAGCAGGAGGAGCUGUUCGUUGCAGUGGAGAUGCUGUCAGCUGUCGCUCUCAUCAAUCAGGCGUUGGAGGCGGGACAUGUGCAGCAGUACAGCUCCUCAUUGGUCAGCCCGUCUGCAGGCCUCUCUGAUGUGGAGCCCUCCCUGCUGGACAGGUACUUUGAUUGUCUGGUUGUGAAGCAGAAGCAGAACAGAGAUCUGCUGACCUGGAAUCAGCUGCAGGAAGGAAUCAACUCUGUCAACAACUCAGUGCAGGACGAGCACCAACGGCUGCAAUGUGUGGGUCUGAUCUGCGCUGCAGUGAUCCGAGGAGAUGCUCAGCAGCUGCUGUCUGCUCUGCUGCUGCCUUCCUGUGGAGUACAGGACGUCCUACCUGAAAACACCUGCAGAUACCUGACGCUGCUGAGCAGAGCCAGGAAGCACAGAGCUCAGGUAAACACCCAGGUGAGCAGGGAGCCGUCACACUUUCCCUGGAUCUCAUCACAACCACCAGCUCAGCUCAUGCACUCGGCCACGCCCCCACUGUCCGUGGUCAGGAAGUUUGUUCACCUGCUGGACCUGGGCGAUGGUGACAUCAGAGAGGAGGCGGAGCAGCUGCGUCUAAGAGAGGAGGUGGUGCGGAGCAUCCGCUUCAACCGGCAGCUGGAGGCGGACCUGGACCUGAUGGACCUGAAGAUCGGCCUGCUGGUGCGGAACAGAGCCACGCUGCAGGAAGUGGUGUCUCACUGUAAGAAGCUGACUAAGAAGAACAAGGAGCAGCUGUCGGACAUGAUGGACGUGGAGAGAAGUAAAGGACUGAAGGCUCUGAGCAGGGAGAGGAGAGAGAGACUGGAGGCUUACCAACACCUGUUCUACCUGCUGCAGACUCAGCCUCUCUACCUGGCUCAGCUGAUCUUCCUGAUGCCUCAGAGUCGCUCCACCUGCUUCGUGGAGAUGUUGGUGUUCAGCCUGUUUAACUUCGGCUCCGACUGCAGAGAGGCCUUCCUGCUGCUGCAGCUGUUCACUGAGGCGCUGCGAUACGAGAUCAGACUGAAGGUGGAGCAGCCUCAGGACGUGGUCACUGGAAACCCCACAGUCAUCAAGAUGUUGGUGAACUUCUACCGCAGCGCCCGGGGUCAGAACGCCCUGCGGGAGUCUCUAGGUCCGGCCCUGCAGGACGUCCUGCUGGACCGCAGCCUCAGCAUCAGGACCGACCCGGUGGAUGUCUACAAGACCUGGAUCAACCAGACGGAGACGCAGACUGGACACAAGAGCUCUCUGCCGUACGAGGUUUCACCUGCAGACGCUCUGAGUCACCCCGAAGUGCAGAGACGCAUCGACAUCGCCAUCAUCAACCUGAAGAACCUGACUGACCGAGUCCUCAAGGCCAUCACCUCCAACCUGCACAAACUUCCUUAUGGUCUGCGUUACACAGCAAAGGUUCUCAGAGACUCUCUGAGGGCAAAGUUCCCUGAAGCCAGCAAGGACGAGCUCUACAAGAUCGUCGGUAACCUGGUCUACUACCGCUACAUGAACCCGGCCAUCGUGGCUCCAGAUGGCUUCGACGUGGUGGAUCGCUGUGCCGGCACCAGCCUGCAGCCAGAGCAGCGCCACAUCCUGGGCUCCAUCGCCCGUAUGCUGCAGCACGCCGCCGCCAACAAACACUUCCACGGAGACGGAUACCAAGUCAGAGCCCUGAACCAGUACAUCAGCCAGACCCACAGCAGGUUCAGGAAGUUCCUGUCGUGUGUUUGUGACGUUCCUGAACCAGAGGACCGAUUCAACAUUGACGAAUACUCGGAGCUGCUCAUCGUCAACAAACCCGUGGUGUACAUCUCCGUCAGCGAGCUACUCAACACUCACCAGCUGUUGUUGGAGCAGCAGGAAGUUUUAUGUCCCGACUCCUCAGACCCUCUGAGACUCCUGCUGAAGGAGCUCGGAUCAGUGCCCACCCUGCAGGAGCUCAUCGGAGAGUCUUCAGAUCCAGAGAGCAGCAAGACAGAAGUUUCUCUGACUCUCACCAACAAGUUCGACAUCUUCAACGAGUCUGACGACAAACCAGAUGCCAGAGGACUGCUGCUCAGCACGAAGCAGCUGAUCAUCGAUGUCAUCAGGACUCAGUCAGGUGACUCUCUAAGUGACAUCCUGAGAGCGUCUGUGUCACAUGACCAGGAAGUGAGUCAUGAUUGGCUGCUGCAGCGGCGAGCUCUGCAGGACGCUCGCACGCCUGAGAAGAUGAAGAGGAACGAGUCGCUGGUCGCCAACGGCAACCUGAGUCUGGAGGAGAAGAAGAGGAAGAUCCUGAGGAGCCUCCGGCGGCUGGAGGGACUCGCCGUUCUGAAGCCGCCGCACGCCGACAACCAGAUCCUGCAGAUGAUCGCCAAGGACAUCCGUCAGCAGCGGCUGCACCGUCAGCGUCGAGGGGCGGAGCUGCAGAAGCUCCGUCAGACUCUCAGCAGCCUGCAGGCGAAAAGCAGCUUCCACAGUGAGCAGGUGGACUUCUACAGACAUUACAUCACUUCCUGUCUGGACAACCUGACCGCCAGUAAAUCGACCAAUAAGAAGGCAGCAGAGAGCAAAGGAAAGAAGAAGCUUCCUGCUCUGAGCUACAGCGCCACCCGCCUGCAGGAGAAGGGAGUUCUGCUGGAGAUCCAAGACCUGCCGGCGCCACAGUUUAAAAACGUCGUCUUUGACAUCGUUCCUGGACCUGAGAAAGGAAGUUUCAAAGUCAAAGCGCGAUUCCUCGGAAUCGAGAUGGAAGAGUUCCUGCUCAAAUACCAGGACCUGCUGCAGCUGCAGUACGAAGGCGUGGCGGUGAUGAAAAUGUUCGACAAAGCGGUGGUCAACGUCAACCUGCUCAUCUUCCUCCUCAACAAAAAGUUCUUCAAGAAAUGAACCACGGGAUGCUCUUAAAUCACACUCCUAUCUCUGAUUAUAGACUUCUCUAAAAUGUGUUUAUACAGAGUGAGGUCUCUUCUUCACACUCCUAUCUCUGAUUAUAUACUUCUGUUUUUAUAUUUCACUACAUUAUCGGUUUCUAUAUCCCAUUAUAUAAAACAGAGCCAGCAUCUUCACUUUACUCCUAUCUUUGUUGACCUACCUUUUUUAAACGUGGGACACCUUUCUGCACAAAAACAACAGUGAGAAAUAACAAGAAAACUAGUUUUAUUUUGAAGGAUUUAGUUUCUUCAAGGCCAUAAAUCAGGACACUCCACAGAUUCAGAGUAUUGAUGAAUUAGUACUAUAAUUAUUAUUGUUAUUGAAGUCUGUUUUGUAGUUUUUGGUCGCAGUUCAAACUACAAAGUUUAAAUGAAAUUUAGAAAAUAAAGUCAACAGCCGCUCUGUUACUGUAAAUAUUUUCUGUCACUUCCUGUUUGUUUUUUCACUUUUCUGUAAAAGGGAAACAUUUUUCAUGUGUUUUUUUUACUUCAUUAAAUGUCUGAAUCAUCUGUUUAAAGAAAA